CUUUCAAGUGUCUCGCAACCGGUAUUUGUUGCUGUGGGAUUACUUGUAUGCCUGCCCCCGCUAUGGUGUGUAAUCCAGCGAGUUGUCAACCUGGCUACACUUGCGGACAUUAUGGGUGUGCAAGGAAUAAAGCAAGAUCUGCACUUACCAAAAAGGUAAAAAUUGGAAAGAUUUUAAAGUACUUGUGUUGUUUCCCUCCCCUAUGUCGUUUCCCUCCCCCGCCCAGUUUUCUUCGCUUAAUUUCCCUAUACUGA